UCGGAAAUCUGCCAGCCAGUCAAAAGCAAUCUCUGUGUAAAGCAGUCGCGUUCAAAGACAUUGGCAACCAUCUACUAAUGCCCACAGUCUGAAAUAAAAAUGGCCUCUCCUCAGCCUGGGAGUCCACCUCUUGAAGAGCAAAACACCCCUCCUGUUGAAGUUGAAGACAGCCACCAAAAUGAAGAGGUGGCGAAGGAUCAACCUCCAAAAAAACGCGGCAGGGGCAGACCUCCAAAAGCAAAACCCCUCUUUAAAUGCCCCACUUGCACUGAGACUUUCAAGAGUGCAUCUGCUCUGCAGAGCCAUAAGCUCUCAGCACAUGCAAAGGAAUGUCAGCAGCAAUUCACAUGCUCUGAGUGUGCCAAAGCAUUUUCAAGCAAGGGUCAGCUCUCAAAGCAUGAGCGCACGCACUCAUCCCAGCGCCCGUUUCAGUGUCCAGAUUGCCACAAGGCUUACAAGACAUCCACAGAGCUACGCAACCAUAGCCGCUCUCACACUGGGGAGAAGCCUUUUGUAUGCACAGAUUGUGGUAAGGCUUUCAUGCAGGCUAUAUGUUUGAGGAUCCAUAUGACGCAGCACAGUGGAGAGCGUCCUUACUCAUGCGGUCAGUGCUCAAAGAGUUACCCCACCUUAUCCAAACUGAAGGUGCAUGAGCGAUCUCACACUGGAGAGAAGCCAUACUUCUGUGCUGAGUGCGGUAAGAAUUUUGCUGAUCCCUCAGUGUUUCGUAAACACAGAAGAAACCACCAGGGCCAUCGACCGUAUACUUGUGACGAAUGCGGCAAAACAUACACAGAGCUGAAGGACCUGAAAAACCACGAGCGGUCGCACACUGGAGAAAAGCCGUUCCUGUGCUCGGACUGUGGCAAAGCCUUCUCCCGCUCCUCCUCCCUGGCCUGCCAUCAGCGAAUUCACUCCCAGAAUAAACCCUAUCAGUGCGAGCAGUGUGGAAAAGGCUUUACUCAGCUGUCGUCCUACCAGUCUCAUCUCCGCACUCACUCAGGUGAGAAGCCCUUCCUGUGCCCUCAGUGUGGAAAGAUGUUUUCUGACCCCUCUAGUUUUCGUCGGCACCAGCGCGCCCACUUGGGUUUUAAACCUUAUCCAUGCGAUAAGUGUUCCAAGCGAUUCCGGCAACCGGCUGAUCUUGCUGUGCAUGAACGCGUUCACUCUGGAGAGCGGCCGUACAAAUGCCAGAGCUGUGACAAGGCCUUCGUAGCGUCCUGGGAUCUGCGCCGCCACAUGCUCGUCCACACCGGUCUGAGGCCAUUCUCGUGCACUGAGUGCGACAAGUCCUUUGCUGAGCGUUCCAGCCUCAACAAGCACCGGCGUGUGCACUCUGGAGAGAGGCCUUUCAAAUGUGAAGAGUGUUUGAAGUCAUUUGUGGUGUCCUCAAGCCUUCGAAAACAUGAAAAAACUCACCUGGCUGAGCAGUCUGAGCAACAGCAGCAUCAGCAUCAGCAGCAGCAGCAGCAGCAGCAGCAGGUGACUGAAGCUGCAUCCGCCUCAAGCGUCACCGCCCACACCACUCUCCCUCAGUUCUCCUGUCCUCAGUGCGAUGCUACAUUCAGUAAAUGGGAAGAAGUUCAGGCCCAUGAAAACCUUCACUCCAUCGACUCCACUCCAUCGUCUGUUACCAAAAUCGUGCCGCUCAGUUCACACGUGUGUGAAACUUGUCACGCAGAGUUUACACAGCUGGCAGACUUGAGGGAGCACGAGAAGCAGCACGAGAAGCCGAGGCCACAUGUCUGCAACAGCUGCGGCAAAGGCUUCCUUAACAAAUCUGGACUACGUAAACACCAGAAGAUUCAUUCCACCAGUAAACCUCACAAGUGCCCACACUGUGGCAAAGCCUUUCUGUUUGCCACUUACCUUCGCAAGCACUUACGGACUCAUGUCGAGGCUUCACAACCCAGUGACCUAAACAUUAUUCACACAGAUCCUCUCCCUUCACCAGCCGGUGAAGUUCCUACCUCCACUGUUGAACCCAGCACUAUAUCUCUGACAGUCCCACAGACUGUACCUGUAACCGCUUUUCAUUCUCUCCCAGAGUAUUUAGUCAAACAGGAGGGACUUUAAAAGUACUUAACUGUUUUAUCAUUUCAGAUCUGCAAUCACUUAGUGGCCUUAAAUAACUUUUCAAUCUAAAUCAGAAAACAAAACAAAAACAAACUGCAUAUCUCAAAAUAAAAGUUCUUCAAAAUGUUCAGUUUGUAUCACAAUUGUGUAAAUUGUUACAAGUUGUCAUUGUUUUGUAUUAUCACUUGACUUAAAGUAUUAAAUGUUAUACUUGCAUUUUAAAAGCUGGUCUGUACGAUACAUACUAUGUAGUUGUUUUAUUAUCUGUUGUGAACUUUUACAAAAAUGUGGUAACAUUAACUUGCAAUAUAUACUGCAAACAGUAAACUCAUCGAACCAACACCUGUGAUUUAAAAUAAAUGGCUUCAUAUAUUUUCAGUUAUAGUCUUCUAAUCUUAAAUGUUUAACGUUCUUUUGAUUUAAUUUCGAUGGAGAAAAUAACUAAGUGUAAUUUUCAGCUUAAUUAUUAAACAAGCUGUUUUGGUUUAAAAGGACAGUGGCAUUUCAAAUUAUUUACAAGAAUAACUUUUUUUCAUAUAAUAAAGCAUGUAAAGCCAGAUUUGUGUUUCUUUUUUCAAGACAAAUCAGGUUCAUCUUUGUGGGUUUGCAGUAUCUGUCAUGCACAGGCAUUUUAUUGUUGAGUAAAGCUGAUGUGAUAACUAAAGCAAACUCUGUCAGCAUGUCGUUUAUUGAGAAACGAACAACAAACAGGUGGGGGCAACGGUUUCUGAACACAGAAACGGCAAAAUGCCAACAGGGUGGACUGUAUUCCAUUAGCAGGCUGCAACUCCAAAGGUUAACUCUUGAACUUUACCACCAUUUACAGUGAUAAGAUUCAUACAUGUCUCAGUCAUAACAUUUUUGGAACAUUUACUUUAAAAAAAAAAUAAAAUAAAAUUCUUCAUGCUUUCUUACAACUUGUCACAAUUUAAUGAUUAAGUCUUUAAUAGAUGUAUCAGACCACAGAUGACAUGAGAUGGGGGAACUGUAAAAGAUUGGGCAACUUAAGUCUUGAGGUAUCAGACAUGAUUCUCAAGAAGGAAAAAAAGUCAAAAUAUCUUUCCAUGCAAAAUGUGUUACAA